AUGUAUCCAAUUAAUCCUGCCAAAAUUGAUCAACCUCGUAUCUCUCUCCAACUUACCCAAGCUAUAGAGGACGCUGUAGACCGCGGAGAAGAUCUCAGCACGGUAGCCCACAUGCUGGAAUUCUUGGAUUGGCAACGCAUGAGGAUGUAUGCCACCUUGACCACCCGUUUGCAAAAGGAUGGGGCCAAUUACGGCGAAUGGGUUGACGGCUUGAACGAAAGGGUGUGGUUCUUUGCUCGGAUUAAUGACUACCUGAUCAACCCUUGCCCUGUAAUCCACUCGCUCUUUGAUUGGAUCUUGGAAGAGAUUCUCUUGGCCAUGAUGCGUGCGACUGUACAUCCCAGCGUUCUUCAGGUGCUUGCUAUAGCCUCCGACCCUCAUGAAGCGCUCAUGUAG